AUGUUGCGACGACAGACGCGCGAGCGUCGCGAGUACAUCUACAAAAAGGCGCUCGAAUCCAAGGAAAAGCAGAUCUACGACCGCAAACAGGCCAUCCGCGAAGCGCUCGCCUCGGGCAAACCGCUGCCCGCCGAGCUUCGCGGCAAGGACGCCACCGACCUCGGACGCGACCUCAACCUCGAUGCAGCGCAGGAUGCGCCGGGCACGAGUAUCGAUGAUGAGUACUCGCGCGCGGGGACGUACGACCCACGUGUUUUGGUGACGACCUCGCGCGAUCCCAGCACGCGCCUCACGCAGUUCGCCAAGGAGGUCCGACUGCUGUUCCCCAACUCGACAAGGUUGAAUAGGGGCUCGUAUACGGUAGCUGAUCUUGCGGCUGCUGCUCGAGCGAAUGGGAUCACCGACAUGGUGGUGCUGCAUGAACAUAGGGGUGUACCCGAUGCAAUGGUCGUUUCGCACUUUCCACACGGCCCCACGCUGCUCUUCACAUUGCACAAUGUUGUGCUCCGACACGAGGUCUCGGCACACGCAAACUCGACCGUCUCCGAACAAUACCCGCACCUCAUCUUUGAAGGAUUCUCGUCCAAGUUGGGAGCGAGAGUCAUGUCGGCCCUCAAGUUCCUCUUCCCCGUUCCCAAGGAUGACUCGAAGAGGGUCAUGACGUUUGCGAACCAGAACGACUUUAUUGCGUUCAGACACCAUGUGUUCGUCAAGACGAGCCACAGGGAGGUGCAGCUGGCAGAGGUCGGGCCCAGGUUCGAUGCUCGGGUGUUCGAGAUCAAACAGGGCACGAUCGACCAGACCAACGCCGAUACAGAGUGGGUGCUUCGCCCGUAUAUGAACUCGGCAAAGAAGAGGACUCAGCUCUCAAUGUGGGUGCCGGACGCCGCCAACUCAGACGUGAAAAGUGGCGAACCCCACCAGUGCAGCGAUAAGGAGUGGGUGCCGAACCCCACCAAUGCAGACAUGGAAAGCAAAGUUGGUCAGUCUCGUCUCUGCAUCACGCUACCAUCCGUACCUAUCGAACGUUCUACGAUGCAGAUCCUCCAGCUUUUCCCUGUCGCCGUGCUCGGCGUUGUUUACGCCAAGGAGAAGCGGUCCGAUUGCCUGAAGAGGGAGGCUCAAGCGUCGCUGGACUCAGCGCCCGCCGAGGCGGACAUUGCCAUUUGCUACCACGGCGAGAACAGCGCCUACACUAACAAGGGCGACACGUCCAAGGACCCCGCCGUCUUUGGAGGCCUGCGCUGGGCAGACUGUCAUGGCAUCGGCCUCGACUGCUUCUGGAUGAAGGGCGAAAACAUCUUCCAGUUCUGGGGCGACGGUGGUCCGGACAAUCUCGCGUUCGUCAAGAGGAACGCCGAUUGCAAGUAUUUCCCCGAGGACAAGACCAUCUACUGCGACACUUCCUUGAUCGUCUGCCAACAAGAGGACGCAGCUAGGGCCCAUAUGAAGUGGGUGGCAAACGCCAACAGCAAAGGCGAACAACACAUUUGUCGCUCUUUGGAUCCGUCGAAGCUGGCCGUGUUGCCCAGUACCUCCGAAGGUCCCAGCGAGAGACCCCAUCCGCAAUGUCGCCCACGUUCCUAUGAAACAGUACUGUCGAGCAUUUCUACGAUGCAGAUCCUCAAGCUUUUCCCUGUUGUUGCCCUGCUGGGCGUGGCUUACGCUAAGGAGCACCGAGGCGCAUGUCUCGAGCGCGAAGCUGCGCAGUCGUUGGAGCAAGCGCCCCUCGUUGCGGACAUCGCUAUUUGCUACCACGGCCACAACAGCGCCUACACUAGCGAUGGCAACACGGACAAGGGCCAAGCUGUCUUUGGUGGCCUGCGCUGGGCGGAUUGCCAUGGGGUCGGUCUCGACUGCUUCUGGAUGAAGGGUGAAAACAUCUUCCAGUUCUGGGGUGACGGCGGUUCUGACAACCUCGCGUUCGUCAAGCGCAACGAUAACUGCGACUACCACCGCGACGACAAGCUCAUCUACUGCCACACUUGA